AUGUUGUGGAAGGGUUAAAAAUAUAAAAAGACUAGCUUAAAGGCAGGACCAGUGCCACUAAUGACAAAAUAAGGAUCGUUAACUCAAGGUCUGCAAGUUAAUCAGCAACACAACUUGCAUUGGAGUUCAUUUCAGCAAAAGGGGACACUUUAAACGCCUGUUUGGGCAAACUUUAGUAUACAUUCAAAGAUGGACCCACCUAUUCUGGGCACAAACAGUGUUUCCCCACCCUCAAACAGCAGUAAACAUCAGGAAAAGAGAUGCGAAUCACCAGCGCCCAGCUGUAUUUCUUUGAUGAGUCAUGAGUCUAUGGAUCCCCCUUUGACAUUUAAAGAUGGAAACUUUAUUCUACACAGUGUUCUACAGAAGGAAAGAGACAGAAUAGAAAAAAACCUCAUCACAGACACAGGAUACGACUCAGAAUCUGCUGCUGUAAAUAAAUUCCAGAAAAAGUAUAAAUUGAGUCUGAUAAAGAAGUUUCAGUUUUUAAAUGGAGUAAUACUAAACCAAAGAAAUGAAACACUUCUGAAUGAGAUCUACACAGAGCUCUACAUCACAGAGGGAGACAGUGGAAAUGUCAAUAAUGAACAUGAGGUGAGACAGAUUGAGGCAGCAUCCAUAAAAACAGAAGAAACGCCAAUCAAAUGCAAUGACAUCUUUAAGGCCUUAUUUAAACAAGAAGAACCCAUCAGAACUGUGCUGACAAAGGGAGUUGCUGGCAUCGGAAAAACUGUCUCUGUGCAGAAGUUUAUUCUGGACUGGGCUGAAGAGAAAGCAAAUCAGGACGUCCACCUCAUAUUUCCACUUCCUUUCAGAGAGCUGAAUUUGAUGAAGGACAAGAAAAUGAGUCUGAUGGAGCUCCUUCAUGUCUUUUUUGAAGAAACAAAAGAAAAAGAAAUGUCCAAUUUGGUAAAGGUCCUGUUUAUUUUUGAUGGACUGGACGAGUGUCGUUUUCCUCUAAAUUUUCAGAAGACAGUGAGAGUGUGUGAUGUAACUGAAUCAGCAUCAGUGCCUGUUCUGCUGAUAAACCUGAUCAAAGGGAAUCUGCUUCCCUCUGCUCUCAUCUGGAUCACCUCCCGACCUGCAGCAGCUGAUCAAAUCCCCUCUGAGUGUGUCCAUCGAGUCACAGAGGUACGAGGGUUCAAUGACUCACAGAAGGAGGAGUACUUCAGGAAGAGGAUCAGUGAUCAGAGCCUGGCCAAUAACAUCAUCACACACCUGAAGUCAUUAAGGAGCCUCUACAUCAUGUGUCACAUCCCAGUCUUCUGCUGGAUUUCAGCCGCUGUUCUAGAGAGAAUGUUGGGUGAAGCAGAGAGAGGAGAGAUCCCCAAGACUCUGACUCAAAUGUACACACACUUCCUCAUCAUUCAGACAAACAUCAUAAGAGAAAAGUAUUUAAAGAAGCAGGAGAGUGAUAAAGAAAUGAUUUUUAAACUGGGACAACUGGCUUUUAAGCAGCUGAAGAAAGGGAACCUGAUCUUCUAUAAUGAAGACCUGAGAGAGUGUGGCAUUGAUGUGAGAGAAGCAGCAGUGUACUCAGGUGUGUGUACGCAGAUCUUCAGAGAGGAGUUUGGGCUUCACCAGAGUAAAGUGUACUGCUUUGUUCAUCUGAGCAUUCAGGAACACCUCGCAGCUCUGUAUGUGCACCUGAUGUUCAGGAUGAAGAAGAGAAAUGUUCUUAAAAAGAGCCAAGACACAAACAAGAACAAGAAAGAAAUUACAAUUAUAGAUGUACACAAGUGUGCUAUAAAUGAAGCUUUAGAAAGUCAGACUGGACAUCUGGAUAUUUUUCUUCGGUUUCUUUUAGGUUUCUUACUGAUGUCUAAUCAGAAACUGUUACACACAUUAAUACCACAGGCAGGAAGUGGCUCCCAGAGCACAGAGGAAACAGUCCAGUAUGUAAAGAAGAAGAUCAGUUCAGAGCGUUCUAUAGAGAAAUCCAUCAGUCUGUUCCACUGUCUGAAUGAACUGGGUGAUCAUUCCCUACUGGAGGAACUCCAACGCUACCUGAAAUCUGAAAAACAAAGUGAACUCUCUUCAUCACAGUGGUCUGCUCUGGUGUUUGUGUUACUGACAUCAGCACAGGAGCUGGAAGAGUUUGAUCUGAGUAAAUAUUUCAGUCCAGAUAAGAUAACAGAAACUGUUCUUUUGAAGCUGAUGCCUGUGAUUGCAGCAUCCAAAAAAGCAAUUAUCAGGUGUGAAAAAGUUGAAGUGGAAAGUUGUUCAGCUCUGGUUUCAGCACUCAACUCAGAAACCUCCAGUCUAAGAGAACUGCGUCUGACUGUGAAAAAAAUGGAUCUGACGCAAACUAAAAUAGGAGAUUUAGAAGUAAAUACCUUCUCCGCGGUACUUGAAAAUCCUCACUGUAACGUAAAAAGUUUAAGCUUACGUGAGUGUGGUGUAUCAGCUGAAAACUGUGUUGCCCUAAUUUCAGCACUAAAAUCAAACCCCUCACACCUGAGAGAACUGGAUCUGUCCAAUAAUAAAGUAGGAGACUCAGGAGUAAAGUGUCUCUCUGCUGUACUGGAAAAUCCUCACUGUAAACUGGAGACACUAAGGUUGCGUGAAUGUGGUGUCUCAGAUGAAGGCUGUGCUGCUCUGACUUCAGCUCUAAGAUCAAACCCCUCACACCUGAGACACAUAGAGCUAACUUCCAAUAAUCUAGGAGAUUCAGGUUUGAAGUGUAUUUCUGCUGUUCUGGAGAAUCCUCACUGUAAACUGGAGGAACUUGGGUUGUGGGAUUGUGGUGUUUCAGAUGAAGGCUGUGCUGCUCUGAUGUCAGCUUUGAGAUCAAACCCCUCACACCUUAGAGAAUUGGAGCUGUCCAUAAAUAACUUCAGAGACUCAGGAGUGAAGUGUAUCGUUGCUGUACUGGAGAAUCCUAAAUGUAAACUGGAGACAUUGUGGUUGUGGGGUUGUGGUGUCUCAGAUGAAGGUUGUGCUGCUCUGACUUCAGCUCUUAGAUCAAACCCCUCACACCUGAGGAAACUAAGUUUGUCAAAUAAUAAUGUAGGAGAUUCUGGAAUUAAGUGUUUCUCUGCUGUACUGGAGGAUCCUGAUUGUAAACUGGAGACACUGAGGUUGUAUAAGUGUGGUGUCUCAGAUGAAGGCUGUGCUGCUCUGACUUCAGCUCUGAGAUCAAACCCCUCACACCUCAGAGAACUGAAUCUGUCUCAGAAUAAUGUAGGAGACUCAGGAGUGAAGUGUCUCUGUGCUGUACUGGAGAAUCCUCACUGUAAACUGCAGAAACUGUGGUUGUGUGAGUGUGGUGUCUCAGAUGAAGGCGUGGCUUCUCUGACUUUGGCUCUGAGAUCAAACCCCUCACACCUGAGAGAACUGAAUCUGUCUAAUAAUAAAAUAGGCGACUCAGGAAAGAAGCUGCUCUCUGAUUUUAAGGAAGAUGGCCAUUACAAACUACAGACUUUGUGGCUGUCAUGAACAUCUUUGUGCGAUGAAGACUCUGGUGUUCCUGUGUUUCCAUGUUGGGGAAUAGAGAACAUGAUUAUAGAGUGUAGCAUCUGCUUAAGAUCACAGAUGAUCGUUUGGACUCAAUGUCUUUAAGAGACCCUUUUAGCCUUUGACAUUUGCAUAUAAAUUACCGACCUGGACCCACAUUCUACAUUUAUAUGGAUGUUUUAUUGCCCGUCGAUUCCCCCCACUAUCACAAGAAUGCUAAACAGAUUAGAUUUCAAUUAAAUUUUCAUUACAUUAAAUUACAAUCACAUUUCAAAAAAAAGCAGGAGACCACCGUGCUGACCACCGAAGGCCUAACCAGACAAGUGGUCUGGAUCCACACUUGUAAUACACAUCACAUAAAGACAUUUUCUCUAUUUUAUGCUAUGAUAACGCAAUUAUAAAAGGUAUCCCGUAUACGCAUUCAUUGUGUGUAUGUUCUGUGUAUUGUGUGUACUGUAUGUAUCUGAUUAUACUAGUUACAACUUUUUAUUUGCCUUAUUUAGACUAUAAUUGCUUAUAUUCUAUAUUAUAAUCUCCAAUCUGUAUAUGUCAAUCUAAAAUGACAUAUACUGUACUAUGUGAUCACAAAAUGCAUAAUACAAUUUCUAUGAUAUUUUGAAAUAAACUGCAACACACCUCCAGAUCAGAUGUAAAAAUUCCAAUGGGUCAUAAACGGAGACAAAAAAAGGUUUUUCGGCUAAAAAUUUCUGCCUUAGAUUGAUCAUUCCACCCAAAUGGUGGGUGUGUCGAGGGAACUAUCAAAAGUCCCUAACACAGGCUAUUCGGCGCUCAAAAUCCCUUUCCCUUUUUUAAUCGAACACUCUCCUACACUUUGCAAAACUUAUCUCUUGAGUUUAACCUUCGGCAUCGUUACCUUCAAGUUACUUUGUCAACUUGCUGUGGACUAUUCUCACCUCUCCCUCUCGAGGAACCAGAGAAAAACCUCCAGCUCACACCUAGAGGUCGAUCAUCUAGACCCUCGUGUCUACCGAAUCAGGACUCUGAAACACACACCAAUGCAGAAACAAACACCAAUACAAGUAACCUUUAUAACUAUUUAGAUGCAUGUGUAAGUUUCAGCCCCUUUUAAGGUGAACCUUGAUUCUUUGAUGAUUCUCAAUUGGCUGUGGUUAAUUGAUGUAAAAUACUGCAAUUCUUUUGCUCUUCUCCCUUUCUUCCUUACAUACCUUUAUCCUGUAUGGAUGUUGUUAGAAUUAUUUUAUAUAUAAAGGAGUUAUUUCUACUCUCUUGCUCUCUUCCUCAUAGAUCUGAUAUUAACAUGUUAAAUCUUUUCUGCUGCUGCUUUCUUCCUUUUUCCUCUUGCAUCUGCUCUUAAAGGUGUGAACGCUCCCACGCUCACCUUCCCAUUCUCUCUUCAUGUCUCUCUCCCCCUCUCUCUCUCGCCCCCUCUCUCUCUCUCCCCCUCUGUCUCCUCCCCUUCUCCCCAUAACUCGAGCCAACAUCUUGUGAUCUGUCUCUGGACGGACACCUCUCUAUCUUUCUCUCCUUUGUUCCUCAGGACAUUUACAAUGGUUCAUGUUCUUUGUAGUAACAUAUGUCUAUGGUACAGGCGUUUGGUCAAACAUAUAAAAACCCCAUAUUUUGCUGUUAAUAAACAGAGACC